AUGCUCUCUGACAUAUUCUCCUCGCCCUCAUCCGCGUCACCAUCGGUCCAUAUGAAGCUCGUUGACCUCUCCGAGGCGGUUGCCAUCCAGAAUAAGCAAUCUAUGCGUCACCGGAGCAUCGACUCUUCCGUGCAUUCGGACUUCUCUGUGAUUGACAGGACUGACACGACGACAACACCAGCCCCACGCCAACCCUCCUCCUCCCAACGG